UCAAAAAAAAGUGUUACAAUAGAAAUCACGUUAUUGUGAUUCAAUUGUUUUGUAUCUGUUAUACAGGGAUUAUAUAAGUUUAAUCUUGAACGUCCGUCACCUCUUGCCGGGUUAUACCAAAGAAAACAACUUGAAUAUUGUAACUUGCAUUUUACAACACGUGAGUUAGAUUCUCUCUUGUUAAAUUACUCGUUUAGUCGUUAUAUCGAACUGUGUUGAACCGUUGGAUUUAUAUUAAAUCAAUUACCCAGUUGUUCUGUUCAAGGCGAUUUUAAAGUGCAAAACGUUUUGAUAUCAAUUAGAAGUGCAUUUACUGUAUAUUUGGAGUUAGACAAAUAAAUAACAACAAUCAAGCGUUUAACUGACGCAUUUAAAGACAAAUAAAAAUUUGUGGAAUUAAAAUUUUCAUUAAAAAAGAAAAAAAAACAAUAAGUGAUUUAAAAAGAAGAGAAAAUAAAGGAUUGAAAACAAUUGUGAACGGAGCCGAUCAAACACUUUUUGUCUUUUGGCACAAAUAAAAAACCAUACCAAAUGAGUACAGAAGACGAAAACAACAAUCAACACACAAAAACUUAAACCACAAAACCCCAAAAUUAUUAUGGAUUGGCUAUUAGCAUCUCCAAAAAUCCAAAGUGCAUUUGCAUCUUUGGGUAGUAUUGACGGAGGCUCAUAUGUUGUCAGUCCCAAUGCCCUGUCCAUCUUGGAAGAAAUCAAUUGCAAACUAACAUAUGAAGAUCAAACACUAAGAACAUAUCGUCGUGCAAUUGGUUUUGGCCAAAAUAUUCGUACAGAUUUAAUACCAUUAUUGGAAAAUGCCAAAGACGAUGAUGUUCUUAAUUCUGUUAUACGAAUUCUGGUCAAUUUGACAGUACCGGUUGAAUGUCUUUUCUCAGUUGAAGUUAUGUAUCGUACCGAAGUUGGUCGCACUACGGUCUUUGAAUUGAAUAAUCUUCUGUAUAAAAGUAAAGAAGCAUUCACCGAUCCGAAAAGCACAAAAUCCGUAUUGGAAUACAUGAAACACAUUUUGGACAGUAAACCGAAGUUAUCUCCAGAAAAAUGCGAACAAAUCAACAAUUGUUUGGUUUUGUUGAGGAAUAUCUUGCACAUUCCAGACUCAGAUCCAAAUUUGAUUGUGCCACAAAGACAGGAAUCAUCUGGUUCAAAGACUUCAAUGCAAAAUACAAUACUUUGGAAUUUGUUUGUCCAGAGUAUAGAUAAGUUGCUUUUGUAUCUAAUGACCUGUCCAAGACGUUCAUCUUGGGUCGUUACCAUGGUGCAGUUGAUAGCCUUAAUGUACAAGGAACAACAUGUAUGCACCAUGCAGAAGAUGUUGAAUAUGUGGUUUGAAGCUUCACUUUCUGAGAGUUCCGAAGACAAUGAAAGUAACACCACACCACCGUUACAAAAGAGUGGUGACUCAAGCCCAAUGCUAACGUCUGAUCCCACUUCUGAUUCAUCUGAUAAUGGAAGCGGUUGUAAGAAAGAAAGCCCAGAAGAUCGCAGACAAGCCUUGCGUGAAGAAACCGAUGCUACACUCCAAGAAGUCAGCCGAAUAGGACAUGAGUACCAGAACGCCCUCAUUCGGGUACCAACUAAACAACAAAUGCAUCAUCAGCAACAGUCAUCACAACAACAACAACAACAGCCAACACAACAACCAACUUCCAGUGCUGCACCACCAAAUCAACAGCAACCAGCUCAACUAACUCCUAGCACUACCAUGGAUGUCACAGUUUGUGAUGACGAAUCACAACAAACUUUUAAGCUACCUUCACAAAAAUCUCCUGCUCCAAGUAGUGACACCUCAAAGACAAAAGUUCGUCAUUCCAGUCAGGUUCAAUUGACAAGGGGCAAGAGUUCGCCAACAAAACGGGAGUGUGCUUCCUCACAAUCAGACCAAUCGGAUUGUGGUUAUGGGACACAAGUCGAAAACCAAGAGUCUAUUUCGAUUUCCAGCAACGAAGAAUAUGCACCUCACAAUAAGCCAGCCCAUCAAAAGCCACCGUGCAAUUCCAAACCGAGGACCAAACAUCGGGCUAUCCUCACUUUACUUGAUAAUAAGGAUCUUCGUCGAAAGAAGCUUGUUAAGAGGAGUAAGAGUAGUUUAAUUAACAUGAAAGGAUUAUUCCUACACACUCCUACAAGUGAAGACAUUUCCAAUCUCCUCAAAGAAUUCACAGUGGAUUUCUUACUUAAAGGCUAUGAUUUUGUUGUUGAAGAUCUUCAUAUGCAACUUCUUACGGAUGUGAAGAUAUUUAUGGACACAUCGCAUUUCUUUUGGCUGCUAACUUAUUUCCUCAAAUUUGCCGCACAACUUGAACUUGAUUUGGAGCAUAUGCAUUCAGUACUAACAUUCGAUGUGAUAAGCUAUUUAGCUUACGAAGGUGUUAUUCUUUGUGAACAAUUAGAGCUGAACAAACGAAAUGAGGGUACCGAUGUAAAGUCUUAUCUAAGACGUAUUCAUUUGUUGGUUACGGCUAUUAGAGAAUUUUUACAAGCUAUUGAGACAUACAAGAGAAUUACACAUUUGAGUGAAACUGAUCGUAAACACCUUCAUCGGCUACAAGUUCAAAUUAGCUCAGCUGAAGAUAUUCGAAAUUUAUUUGUACUUUUGAUGAGAAAUUUCAAUCCAAAUAUUCAUACAAAGCAGUAUUUGCAAGAUUUAAUUAUAACGAAUCAUAUGUUGCUACAGAUAUUGGAUAGUAUGACAAAAACUGAUGACAACGUUAAUGUUGAUAUGAUCAAGCAUAUAUCACAAUUUGCCACCCCAGAAAUUAUGUGCAACUAUGGAAUGUUACUUGAAGGUUUCACAGAAAAUGGAGAGUUUGUUAAUGAUUGCAUUUUCACAAUGAUGCAUCAUGUUUCCGGUGACCUGAGUCAAGUUGGAAUAAUGUUCCAACCAGUGAUUUUAAAAACAUUUUCCAGAAUAUGGGAAACAGACUAUGAGCUAUGUGAGGAUUGGGGAGACCUAAUAGAAUAUGUUAUCAAUAAAUUCAUUCACACUCCACAAAGAAGUCCUCUUAUUCUUCGAAAUUCAUCACUUACAGCGCUAACCAAGGAACACAAUCUCGAAAAUACUCAGUGCGCCAUUGUGUUGUCAAAUGGAGUUUGGGUACCAGCGGUGUCAGUCCUUAAAGGUGUCAAACGAUUGGAGUUAAAUAAUCCGUUCGGCAGCAUAUGGACACAAGAAGAAAUGAACACCCUAUACUGGUAUUAUGUCCAAGGAAAGAAAACUGACGAUGUUGUUGGAAAUAUUGUUCAACUAUUCCGUGAUAAUGGCAAAAAACAAAAGUCCAGAAUAUCAGUUAUUCAGCAGCUUUUGCAACAGGAUAUCAUUGCAUUGCUAGAAUAUGAUGAUUUAAUGAAAUUUGAAGAUGCUGAAUAUCAAAAGUCUCUUCUAUUGACACCAACUUCUACAUCAGAAGAAUCAGGAAUUGAUUCAAAAGAAUCAUCUGACAAACCAGUUGAUGAUCUUCAGGUUCUUCGUGAUUUAAUAAUUAAGGAACAGAAAUCCGAACUUUUGACGUGGCUACAAAAUGUGCUACUUGAAUGUUGUUACAUUAAACUUACCUUACAAAAGAAAUCUAUUACUCGAAAGGAUUAUGAUGAAUUGCCACAUAUUAUGGAACCUAUUGCCUAUCAUUGUAUUUUUAAAAAUGAAUCAAUUCCUAUUGUUCAAUGGAAUUCAGAACAAACCAGUACAAUGCUUUAUCAGCCUUUUGUUUUACUUUUACAUAAGCUUGGUUUUCAAUUACCUGCCGAUGCUGGUAGCUUAUUUCCACGCAUACCAAAUUUCUGGACUGUUGAAACUAUGUUUUCGCUGGCUAAAAAACUUGGCUCUUUGGAUGAUUUGAAUAUUAAAUUUGAUGUGAAACUUAUCAAAGAAUCAGCUAUUAGAAGUGAACAUUUGAAGAGAUCUUCAUUAACUGUUAUACAUGAAGAUCCAAGAGAAUGUUUAGGUAAAAGAGGUACACCAAUGUCGGAUGAUGAGAGUAAAAAUUGUGAAAAGAAUGGUUUGAGGGAUAUUAGUGCCUUCCCAAGACCAAAUCAAGCAAAUUCUAUCAUUAGAUUCACACCAGAUCCAGUUCCAUCGAAUUCAGUUCCAAAUUGGUUGCAGCUUGUUAUGAGAAGCAAAUGUGUACCAAGUGAUAGAUCUAAUAUGGGAUUCACAUUGCCAAACAAAGUAUUUGUAUCUAGUUUGACAAAUACACCACCAAUGGCGCCACCAUCGUUCCCCUAUUCUAAACUUGCCAAUUUAGAUGAUGAAACUAAUUUAAGCCAAGAACAACAACAAAACCAACAACAACAACAGCAACAACAACAAAUCCAACAACAAGCUCAAACACAAGAACAAGAACAAAUUAUUCUAGCGCCACAAAAAACACAACCACAACUAACAUCAAUGAACUCAUUCAGCGAUGACGAUUCGGCCAUGAUUGAUGAGAGCAUUAUGAAGUCAAUACAACGAAAUGACAGCAUUUCAAGUGGUUUCCACACCCAACGCAGUGGAAGCGGAACCUUAGACAUGGAUAGUGAAUAUUUUGCUAUGGUCUCGUCUGCAUUUAUGAAUGAACAAGCAAAGAAGAAGAAGAAUACUCGUAAGAGACUACAUCGUAAGAGAAUGUAGACGAUUACAGUUCUAUGAAUAUCAGGACAUCAAACAAAAACUGACGAUGUCGACUCCGUUACCUCAGAUCUAACUCACAUGAAUGUCAGCGACGAUGACGACAAAAACGAUUUUCCCUUAAAAGUCCUGGAAUAAUUUCCAGCGUUACGGGUUUUUACAACAACAUCGUAAAUACAAAAAACCUACAAUUUCCGUCCGUGUUUACUUCGUUUUUACAAUUUAAAAAGUUCUGCUUAAAAAAAAAAAGUACCUUCUACCUAAUAAAAAAAAAUUGCCUUUUCCCUAUAUAAAAAAAAAAAACAACCAUAACAUCGUAGCUGAAAAUUCAUGGAGAAAGAGAUAUAUUUUUUUAUUGUAAAAUGUUCUAUAAUACAUCAACCAUUUAAUAAAAAAAUUUAUAUUAAUCCGAUUAAAUACAAUUAAAUAAAAAAAAUUAUUGUUAAUUUACAAAUUUGAAUUUUAAUAAUUUCAAAACACCUUAGCACAAAUGCGUGCAUUUAUUUAUGUGAAUUAAUGUCCAAUUUAUUUAUGUUUAUGUGAGUUUACAACACUUAAGCUACUAAAGCUACUAUUUUUUGUCUUAAAAUUGUUUUAAAAUUAAUUUUACCAUUAAUUUGAACAAAAAAAAAAAUAAAAAUACAAUUUUGGUCAGUCUAAGAAAAAAAAAAAAUAAUAAUUAAAGACAAAAAACUUAUAUUUAUAAAAAGCAUCAAGCUAACAGGUACUUGGUAAUAGUUCAAAAUUAAGUGAGAAUAAGAGAGAGAUAGAGAGAGAAGAUUAGCAUAUAGUUUUGACAGAGUCACUGUGUUGGCUGUUGAAAAAAAUAUUUACAAUAAAUAAUUAAGUUAAAUUUAAAAAAAA